CGCUUGCCCUGACCGUCGUCGACCACUCAUAUGGCUACCAGCAUCUUCAGCUUCGCUCCUCUCGUUCACUUCCCUCUUUCCACUACAAAUCCCCCUACCAGACUCCCUCUAUUUACAUCCCUGCCACUGCCACUGCCACUCACAUCUUCUUCUUCUUCUUCUUCUUCAUCUUCGGCCUUUACUUCUUUCUUUCUAGUUAGAAAUGAAGCAUCUCUGUCUUCCUCGUCUACUUCAAUCCAAGCUCUUACAGAAGAAGCCGUCGAUACUUCGGAUUUAACUUCUUCCUCUUCAAAGCUUGUGCUUGUCGUCGGUGGCACUGGUGGCGUUGGGCAACUUGUGGUAGCUUCAUUGCUCAAGAGGAAUAUUAGAUCAAGGUUACUACUGCGUGAUCUUGACAAAGCAACCAAGUUAUUCGGCAAACAAGAUGAAAAUUCCUUGCAGGUAGUUAAAGGGGAUACUAGGAAUGCUGAGGAUCUUGACCCAUCCAUGUUUGAGGGUGUGACACAUGUGAUCUGUUGCACUGGAACUACUGCUUUUCCUUCUAAGAGGUGGAGUGAAGAAAACACACCUGAGAAAGUAGACUGGGAAGGUGUGAAGAAUCUCAUUUCAGCGUUGCCCUCAUCAGUGAAGAGAGUUGUUUUGGUUUCAUCCGUAGGUGUGACCAAGUCUAAUGAGCUUCCCUGGAGUAUCAUGAACCUUUUUGGAGUUCUGAAGUACAAGAAGAUGGGGGAAGAUUUUCUUCGUGACUCUGGUCUUCCAUUCACCAUCAUCAGACCCGGUAGAUUGACUGAUGGACCAUACACAUCUUAUGAUCUGAAUACGUUGCUCCAAGCUACAGCCGGUGAACGUCGUGCAGUUGUUAUUGGUCAAGGAGACAAGCUUGUUGGAGAGGUAAGCAGACUUGUGGUAGCUGAAGCUUGCAUACAGGCACUUGAUAUUGAAUUCACGCAAGGCAAAGCUUAUGAGAUCAACUCAGUUAAGGGGGAUGGUCCAGGAAGUGAUCCGCUGCAGUGGCGAGAGUUGUUUAAAGUUGCAGAAUCCAAAUGAUAGAAAGGGACACUGAGAAUUGUGUACAGAGUUAAUAGCGAGACAAUACAUAUAUGGUCAAAUUGUGUAAACGUUUACUAUCCUUUUGGUCUUUAACUUUCAUCGUUACUGUAAUAACUAAUAUGUUUAUCAAUGAAUAGCUAGUUUUUCAUACA